AUGGCUCACCCCGGUUCUCAGAUCUCCAAGCGGAGAAAGUUCGUCGCUGACGGUGUCUUCUACGCCGAGCUCAACGAGUUCUUCCAGCGCGAGCUCGCUGAGGAGGGCUACUCCGGCGUCGAGGUCCGCGUCACCCCCACUGUCACCGACAUCAUCAUCCGAGCCACCCACACCCAGGAGGUCCUCGGCGAGCAGGGCCGCCGCAUCCGCGAGCUCACCUCGCUCAUCCAGAAGCGAUUCAAGUUCCCCGAGAACUCCGUCUCCCUCUACGCCGCCAAGGUCCAGAACCGUGGUCUCUCCGCCGUCGCCCAGUGCGAGUCCCUCCGCUACAAGCUCCUCAACGGUCUCGCCGUCCGACGUGCCUGCUAUGGUGUCCUCCGCUUCAUCAUGGAGUCUGGCGCCAAGGGUUGCGAGGUUGUCGUCUCUGGCAAGCUCCGUGCUGCCCGUGCCAAGUCCAUGAAGUUCACCGACGGCUUCAUGAUCCACUCUGGUCAGCCCGCCAAGGACUUCAUCGACUCUGCUACCCGCCACGUCCUCCUCCGACAGGGUGUCCUGGGUAUCAAGGUCAAGAUCAUGCGCGGCUCCGACCCCGAGGGCAAGGCCGGUCCCCAGAAGACUCUCCCCGAUGCCGUCACCAUCAUCGAGCCCAAGGAGGAGCAGGCUGUUCUCCAGCCCGUGAGCCAGGACUACGGUGCUAAGGCCGCCCAGGCCCAGGCCGCUCAGGACGCUCGGGUGGCCGAGGAGGAGGGUGCUGAGGAGGCCCAGCCUGCUGCUGAGCAAUAG